AUCUGCUCAUGUUCUGUGUUUUUUCUUCCUCCCUCACAGACCAGGUGCACAAAGAGAAAACCAGUACCCAGGCUCAAACCACUUUGCAGGUGAACACAGAUACCAAAACCCAGGAAAUUGUCACCUGGACGGGUGAACGGCAGCCGGAGCAGCGGGACCAGCUCGGUGGGGAGGAUGCUCCCGGACCAACAAGGAGGAUGGAAGCCCUUGUGAAGGUCGUAUCACAAUUACAUAAGCAGUGGGGUAUUGAUUGUAAACCCAGGGAUUUUACUCUCACAGUUGCGUGGCUUUUGCAAAAUGGGGUCAUUGACCAGCCGGUGGACAUUGUCCACCCAGAAGUGUGGGAUAAAUGCACUAUAGCGCUUGCUGAGGAAACGAUGUCCUCGGGUUGUGCGAAAAACCUUAAGUCAUGGGGGAAAGUCGUUCGAGCCCUGCAGAAGGCCAUACAAGAACAGGAGACCUGGAGGGUGGCAAAAAACUGUUUGUUGGCCACCCCAAAAUUACACCCCCCAGAUGAGAGUUGCUCUGCUGAGCUGAAAGGGCCACAAGAGGACAAUACAUCUGCUCAAUUCUUGAAUCCCAACCUGCUUACCGAGGGACAGAAAAGACCUAAACCCUUCUGGGGUGGGUUAGCCGAGGAAGCCUGGUGUGUCCCGGGGAAACUAGAGUCUGAAGAAGCUUGCAUUGGACCGCCGCCCUAUGUGCCCCAAGGUGGUGCUGAGCAGAAAGGCAAGGGGCGAGGUGAAGAUGCCCUUGGUGCGGGCAGGGAGGAAGUGAUAACAUUAACUUGUGCACACAAAUGGGAAUGGGAGGAGAACGAGAAGGAGAAAGGUGGUGGGAGCGACCGAGAGGGGGAAGGGAGCGAAGGGCAGAAAGGCAAUCAGAGUGACCACCUGAAAAAAUGUCCUUAUGGGGCAAACACCCCGCCAAGCAGAGGGCAGAGUGAGCCAAAAGGGAGGGGCGAACCAAGAGGGAGGGAACGACCCACCCGCAAGGGACAUAGGCGAGGUCGGAGCCCAAUGAAAAGGCACGGGAAACUGGAAGUUACCAGUCAGUCAAGUUCUGACUCUGGAUCAGACACCAGCUGGGAUGAGUGGCUUGUGACCAAUUCCUCAGAGGAGGAAGAAACAGAGUUAAACAAAAAUAUCCCCAUCCAAAUUAAAAAAGAACCGAGAGGAGAUAUCCCUCUCACGGACUGGAGGAAAAUAAAAAUUGCAUGUGCUGGCUGGGCCCCUUCAGCCGCGCUGGCGUUCCCAGUCUGGGUGACAGAUUGGGGACAGAGGGUCCACUCACCAAUAGACCCUGAAGAUAUACAAACGAUUGUCAAGGUAAUUGCAGACAGAGGGCUUAAUUCUGCCGUGGUCUCCACCCUCAUAGAUGAUCUCUUUGGGGGAGACGAUAUGCUCCCGUUUGAUAUAAGGCAAACUUGUAGACUGAUUUUUGAUGGGGAAGGGAUGAUUGUUUUUAAAGAAGAAUGGGAAGAGAACUGUGCGAGACAAUUAGCCCAAGUAACCAGGGCAGAUCACCCACUACACGGCUCCAGCCUGCAGCGGCUGAUGGGCACAGACCCAACAAUGGUUACACCUCAGGCGCAGGCCCAGGGUCUGCGGGCCCAUGAAAUUAUGACAACUACUCGUGCGGCCAGAGAAGCUAUUCGCUCGGCCUCUAGAGUUAUUGCUAAGCCAUCACCAUGGCCUACAAUAAAACAAAACGAAAGUGAGAGCUUCACGCAAUUUGUGGAUCGCCUCCAGGCAGCGAUCGACUCCUCGACCCUGCCCGAGGACGUGAAAGACCCAGUUUUGGCAGAUUGCUUGCAUCAGCAGUGUAAUUCGGCAACCAGAGAAAUCCUACGAUCACUGCCAGUGGGGUCAAGCAUCGCAGACAUGAUUAAACAUGUCGCGAAAGAAGAAUAUCUAGCCCAAAUUCAGGUAGCAGUUCAUACAGCAAUAGCUAAUGUGAUGGCAUGUUUUAAAUGUGGCCAGGCGGGCCACGUUGUAGCAAACUGCCCUUGGUCAGAGGACCCACUAACAGCACCUCCCUCACACCAGAGCCGACCUAGAGGACUGUGUUGGGCCUGCGGAAAGAAAGGACAUUUUGCUAAAGAAUGUAGAUCUAAGACUCAGGGAAACAGGAGGGGGAGAGGACAACUGGGCCGUGCACAGCCCUCUCCCACCUGGGACGUGAGGCAGCCCAAUUAUGCCAACCCCAAAGGGGGCGAGGCGCUCCCGAACCCGCUGCCCCCUUGGGAAGCGACCAACUUUAUGGUCCAACCAGCGACCCAGCCAAACCUGUCCUACCUACCUCAGGGACAACAAGGACCACCCUUUGGGGCUGAGACCCCAGGGUGGCCCUGGCAGUAAAGUGUGACAACCCACCAGUGGUAUGGGGGAUCCUCUACAAUACCUCAAAUGACAUCACCACUAGUAUCCCCUCUCUGGCCAUUAGUGUCCCCUUUUUGAUUGAUACAGGAGCAGAUGUUACAGUUAUCCCUGAGACAAACUGGCCUCCGCACUGGAAAUUAGAAGACGCCCCCAUGGUAGGCGGAGUUGGGGGAUUAACCCGAGCUCGGAAGACUGCCCAACUAGUAGCUAUCACGCUUCACACGGAAAAAGGGCCAGAGAAAACUAUUACCCUCUUCCUGUGUGUCAUGUCAGGAGUCCCACCCCUGUUGGGAAGGGAUGCUUUAGCCCUGUUAAAAGCCAGGGUGACAAAUUUACCUUAAGGGCCACUGCCACACACCCCCUUCCACCAAUCAGUCUGACAUAGAAAUCGUCUGACCCAGUGUGGGUCCAGCAGUGAUCCCUGCCAAAGCCUCAAAUGGAUGCCCUUCUUGAGCUAAUUGACCGUGAAUUACAACACACAGAGCCCUCCACCAGCCCGUGGAACACCCCAGUUUUUGUAAUACCGAAAUGAACUGGUGAAGGCUUUUGCCUCCUUAGCUCUAUUAGCAUUUAAUCAGUUUCCCAGGGGAGAAGAGGUGAAUAGCCCCACCCAAAAGCAUUGGGCCACUCGAGCGCUAGAAGAAGGCCCAUCAGUCAUAAUUAGAAAUGAACUAUGGGAAUGGGAACAAGAGUGGAAAUUGGUUCUGACAGGGCAAGGCUAUGCAGCAGUCAGAAAAGAAGGUAGAGUCAAAUGGUGUCUGCUUAAGUCUAUUAAACCAGACCUCCAGAAUAAAGCUAAUGAAAACUGUAGGCUUCUUUCUACAGGAAUGGAUUUGUGGAUGUCCUCGUAAUCUGUACGCCCUAGUGACUGAAGAGGAUGACAAGCCAGCAAAUACCCUGAAAACAUCAGAGACUUCCACGCUGGUAAAACCCAAACAAUAUCAAUGUUUUUGCACCAUUCUGCUUCUAGGGCUAGCUGCUGUAACUCAGGCUGAACCAGAAGCCGCUUAGAGAGAGUUGGCAUUAUGUUAGUAGAGUGUCAGCAACUGCUUUAAACAAGAGCUCCCAGCAGUUACUUAUGUUACUUAGGCUAUGUUUUGGAAGUAUUAUGCCCUUCUUAUAUGUUAGCCUUUUAGUUAAGUGUAGCGUAUCUUACAUUUUUACUCAAGUCUAUGCAAUAUACUUUUUAUAAAAUACAGAAUGAGAAAAAGGGUAGAAUUUGUUAGGACAGGUAUAUUUUAUAUUUUAACCUAUUUAGUUAAGCAAAAGGAGGGGGGAAAUGUAGGUAGCUAGGGUCUAGCGGCCGGAAGAUAUCGAGCUGUACGGAAAGAUAAGACCCCUCUUCUGAUAGCCAGUAGUGUUUAGGUAGUGAUGUAAGCAGAUGGAAGUGACGUUGUAAACCCAUGCUAUAUAGUGUCGUGUCUUUCUCUAAUAAAUGCUAUUUGCUGUCCACCACAUUGGUGUCUGCGAGCUGAUGGACUGAGUGGCCUGGGGUGGUUGCCGUGCCGUUCCUGAACCAGGUCGCCACACCUACGAAGGCAACAGUUAGGUUUGAGUAUUUAUAUCCUACUCUGAUGAUCCAGCAAGCUGCAGAUCUGGAAUGGUUUGAUUAAAAGAUAAAACACAA